UCGUAUGAACAAUGCAGAUGGUCUUUCUAGAGGAAUGUUCUCUUCUGGACAGAGAGCAUUCAAGUUCAUUAUCAGGUGCAAUUGAAGCACUAGAGGCAAGCAUUCUGCGUCUUCCAGUUGUUGGUGGAGCAAGGGCAGAUUUGCAAGAUGUGAAAGAUGCUGUUGGAUCAGCAGUAGAUGUGAUGCAAGUGAUGGGAGCUUCAACAUGCUCUAUAUUGUCAAAGGUGGAAGGCACAAGCUCCCUUAUGUUAGAACUUGCUAAAGUUGCCGCACAAGAACAAGCUUUGUUAGAUCAAACCAGGGAUCUCCUAUCGACAAUAGCAGCAUUACAUGUCAAGCAAUGUAGCCUGCAAGGCCAUCUUCUUCAACUAAAACGUAGAACCAGCCAUAUACAACUGUAGAGCUGACUCUUUCACAACCUCAAUGACAACUAACACCAUUUCAACCUUUUCUAACUGAAGAUUGGAUCAAAAGCUGAUGUUAGUUUGUUGGGUGUAAUGUAGUUUUUACCUGAUUCAGCCUGAUAAUCUCAUUUGCCUUGGCUGAUUCAUGUUUUUUUUGGUAUGCAAUCACCAUAGAAAUGGCCCUUUUGCGCUUCAGUAACUAUAUGCUGAUCAAAGCGAAGCUUUUGUACAUAUUUUAAUGGUUUUUUUUUCUCAUUUGUAAGGGUAUUUGGCUGCCAAAAAAAAAAAGAAAAGAAAGGAUCAGUGUUUCUAUUUUAAUGAUCUUUUUUGCUGAAAACAGUACUUGUGAUGCUUAGUGUAGAUUUUAUUGUCAAUUCAGUUUACUGUGCAUUUUGCCAGUAGUUUGGCUUA